AUGUCUGCGAGACCCGGAAUUCGUCAGCCCAUCCCCCCGAGAACCGGCCCUAAACCGCCUGUUGGCCGUUUGGCCAGUCUCAAAUCUCCCGGUGCAACUGCCAUUAAACGUCCCCAACCAGUUGCACGUCCUCAACCGGCUCGGCCAACCACCCACCCCAAAACUACAACGUGCCCUAACCCGAGCUGUCCUGCCCCUCACAUCAUUGAGGAUGAUGGCCAGAAGGUUUGUUCCGGGUGUGGUACUGUUGUCAGUGAAGCAAACAUCGUUUCUGAAGUUACUUUCGGUGAAUCCGCCUCUGGUGCCGCUAUCGUUCAAGGAUCAUUUGUCGGGGAAGAUCAAACCCACGUACGCAGUUAUGGCCCUGGGUUCCAGAGGGGCGGUACUAUGGAAAGUAGAGAGAUUACGGAGCAAAAUGGAAAUCGUUAUAUAAACCAACUAGCGCGCGCUUUAACUAUCCCAGAGAGUGCUUCCAAGGCUGCAGGACAGGUCUUCAAACUCGCUGUGGGUCUUAAUUUUAUCCAAGGACGUCGAACUAAGACGGUGGCUGCCGUGUGUCUCUACAUCGCCUGCCGGCGGCAAGACGGCAACACUGUGAUGUUGAUUGAUUUUGCAGAUGUUCUUAUGAUCAACGUCUUCAAGUUAGGUCGUACAUAUAAGGCGCUCUUGGACGAACUCCGACUGGGCGGUAACGUUUUUUUGAUGAACCCUAUCGACCCGGAGAGUUUGAUCUACAGAUUUGCCAAACAGCUUGAAUUCGGACCUUCUACCAUGCAGGUGGCCAGUGACGCUGUGCGCAUUGUGCAACGCAUGAACCGCGACUGGAUGACGACAGGUCGACGUCCCGCAGGCAUCUGUGGAGCCGCCUUGAUCCUCGCAGCUCGAAUGAAUAACUUUCGCCGCACUGUCCGCGAGGUAGUCUAUGUUGUUAAAGUCACCGAAAUCACCAUCAGCCAGCGUCUAAAUGAGUUCAGCUCUACGGAGAGUGGAGAACUAACCGUCGAUCAAUUCCGAUCUGUGCAAUUAGAAAACGCCCACGAUCCACCCUCGUUUGCUCGGGCAAGGGAGGGAAGAAAGCCUGUCCGGAGCAUUAAGACGAAGGCGGCAGAAACAGCGGCAGAAAUUGAAGAAGAUGCAGAAGAACCGGAAAGUACUCAACCACGACGUGUUGAUGCCGAUGGUUUUGUGAUUCCAAGCCUACCCAUCGAUCCAGCGUUGAUACAAGUGGACAAAGACAGCCAGCAGCCGUCAUCGCCACCCACUGCCCCCGGAGAACGAGACCUUACAGCAGAUCACGCCAAAGGAAAUGGCCGUCCGAAGCUACCCUCGCCAUCACCUGAACAAUUAGCUUCUGAAGAAGCUCUAGAAACUGAAAUGUCUGAAUAUUUGGCCAACGGUUCGAAAAUGGUUGAAAGUAUCGAAGGCGGAGCAGCUCCGCCAAAGAAACUCGUCUCAGAUAGUCCCGAAAUUGAUGAGACUGAGUUUGAAUCAGACCCCGAGGUUUCUAACUGCCUCCUAUCCGCGCCUGAAGUCGAAAUCAAGGAGCGCAUUUGGGUCCAUGAGAAUAAGGAGUACCUACGUACACAGCAGGCCAAGGCCCUGAAGAGGGCUCUGGCAGAGGCUGAUAGUCAGCCCGGUGACCGGAAGCCACGGAAGCGUCGCAAAGGCAGAAGCACACGAGCAUCAACACCUGCAGAAGCUACGCGUCGGAUGCUGGAACGAAGGGGCUUCAGUAAGAAGAUUAACUACCGUCUCCUCGAGACAUUAUUUGGCGAUGAGGAGGACGACGGCGCUAAGGAGAGUGAGAACGACGGCCGUAGCCGCAGCCAGAGUUACAACCAAGGGGCCCCCGCGGGCAUCAUUGGGAAUGAGAACUUUCUCAGAGUCGUGGAUCAUCCUGGGUCCGCAGUCCUGGGGUUUAUAGUCGGCAUAUACAACAUAGGCUGCUUGGUGGGCACAGCUGUGGCCUUUUUGACAAGUGACCGUCUUGGUUUCCGCAAGUCCAUGUGGGUGGCAAUGGGAAUCUUGACAGUUGGGGCUUUCCCCCAAGCAUUCGCAUAUUCCAGGGCCCAAGUGCUCGCGUUUCGAUUCGUCAGCGGAAUUGGGACUGGAAUCAUGUCUUCGAUAGUACCCGUUUACCAGUCCGAGCUUUGCGAGGCGCGGAAUCGAGGAAUGUACGUGUGCAGCCAACCUCUUGCCGUUGGUGUUGGCAUCUCGGCUGCCUACUGGUUCGAUUACGGAAUGAGCUUUGCCCCUGGAUCAAUCAGUUGGAGGCUGCCGAUAGCUUUCCAGGUGCUCUUUACGAUAAUUGUGAUGAUUCUUCUCGUGGGACUACCAGAAAGCCCCCGAUGGUUGUGCAGGAGAGGCCUGAAUGACGAGGCCGUGCGUGUCCUAUGUGACUUCUAUGAUAGGCCAAAAAAUGAUCCCAAGGUCGUCAAUGAUGCGGAAGGGAUCUUUAGAGCCAUUGAACUUGACAGUCUCCGGGGCGAAUACAAGUGGUCCCAACUACUGAAAAAGGAUGAGAUACAAACUGGCCGCCGAGUCCUACUGGCCUAUGGACUACAGUUUAUUAAUCAGAUGGGAGGUGUCAACAUGAUUGUUGUGAUGUUGGAAGUUAAUGUGGGUUUGGAUCCGAAAACGAGCCUACUGCUAGGGGGAGUUAUCCAGAUCAUGUUUGUCAUUGGCUCUUUUUAUCCGACUUUCUACUCUGACCGGCUGGGCCGGAAGAAGCCAAUGAUGUGGGGAUCUUUCGGUCUUUUCAUCUGCAUGAUGAUGAUCUCCAUUCUUCUCUCCUUCAAAGGAACUGCUGAGGAAAAAGAAGCCGGCAGCGCAUCGGUGGCAUUCUUUUUCCUAUUCAUGCUCAUCUUCGGAGCAUCCACAAACUGCGUGCCAUGGGUAUACGGCCCAGAGCUCUUACCCAUGCACGUCCGGACGAAAGGAAAUGCCAUCGGAAUCUCGGCAAACUGGCUGUGGAAUUUCUUCGUCGCCAUGAUCGGUCCCACCCUGAUCACCGAUCUCCAGUGGAAGGGAUAUCUGAUUUUCAUGUUUAUGAAUUUGACUUUUCUCCCGAUCCUCUACUUUUACUACCCAGAAACCGCAAAUCUGAGCCUCGAGGAAAUCGACUCGCUCUUCAUGGUCAAGGGUAAGGCCUCACAUGACCACAGCCAUGGCUCAAGCAGCGGCUCAUCUUCGGAAAAAAUAAUCACCACUUCCUCGACACAAGCUUGGGAGAGUGAGAGGAGCGGUAUUCCGCUGUCUCCUCUGUAA